UUAUGUUUCUCUGUUUCACUUCUCACAUCACUCUCUGUCGUUUUUGUUUUUUUUUAUUUUGUCAAAAUCCCUCAUUGACCUCGUCGGAGAAGGACACUCAGUUACUCCAAUUCCGGAGUUUCUUCAUCGUUGAAACCACUUUAUAUAUACGCUGCAUUCAGAAUUGAUCAAGUUGCCUCAGUUAAAGAGCAGUAAUGUCUACUGUUCAAAGAAGGCAGCACCCUGUAGAUGUUUCCAAGGAAAAUGGAGGUGCUAGACUACAGCAACAACAAAUCCCAGAUGUAAUGCAGUCAAGGGGUGUUAAGAUGUCCUCGAGGACCGACUCCCCUAUAGUGACAGGUGCUGCUAGGAUUAUCCCAUCUAGAUAUAGGCAAACUCCUCAAUCUUUACUCCGUUCUAGUUCAACGAGUAAUCCUGGAUAUACAUCGGUCAGUGCUGCUACUAAACUGUUGCAGGAGGUUACUGGUACUCCAAUAAAUCCUUGCGCAGUCUCCAGUGGUGAUGGAGCAAUUGUCCAUAAAAAGCUCUCAAGAGUUUCAGCAAGCAAUGCUGUAGAUGGCUGUGCUGCUGCUGCUUCUGAGAGCACUUCAUGCCCGAAUUCUCCGGUCUGCACUCAGAGAAAGCAGCAGCAAAUUAAAGUUCCCAAGGAAAAUGGAGGCACCAGGGCACAUCAGCAACAACUUGCAGAUGCUUUGCAGUCAAAAAGUAGCAAGAUCUCGUCAAGACUUGACACACCUACCAUGACUGGUGCUUCGAGAGUUGUCCCAUCUAGAUAUAAGUUCACUCCUCAGUCUUUACACCGUCACUGUCCAACCAAUAAUCCUGGAGCAGCAGUAAGUGCCGCUGAUAAACUAUUUCGGGAGGUUACUGCUACACCUAUAAAUCCUUGUGCGGUGUCUCAGGAUGAUGGAGCAUUAAUCUCCAGAAAGCUUUCAAAAGUUUCCACUAGUCCUUAUGUGGAUUCUUGUGCCACUGGUACUGCUACUAAUAAGGGAAGUUCAUGCCCGAGUUCUCCACUUUGCAUCCAAAACAAUAAGACGCGGACGUUAUCAGCAAUGAGGUCUUCUAUGUCUGAGAUUGAUAGAUGUCUUACGGAAAGAAAUAGAGACAACAACAGUAGUUCAAUUGAUGAUUGCAGUUCUUAUAAAUCUGCAUCCUCUACUUGCGCUCGUUCACUGCAUUUGCCAACAGCCAGCAACGAAAAUUCCUCCUCUUGGCUAUCUCUUAAACAAAAUGACAUGUCUGCUUCCAUCCCUUCUAGAUCAUCUUUCAAAAUGGGGAGCAUUUGCUUGCCUCCACAUCCAACGUCCAAUAAAUUGGGACCAGAUGCAAGGAAAGGAAAGAAGGGUUUCAGUGAUCAGGGAGAUGUGCAUUCAUUGAAGUUGCUCUACAGCCAUUACCUUCAAUGGCGAUUUGCAAAUGCCAAAGCAGAGGCCUCCAUGCACUCCCAAAGAGAGGAAAGCCAGAGCAAACUUUAUUCCUUUGCACACCAGUUGUCAGAUUUACGCAAAUCUGUUAACCAGAAACGCACUGAACUUGGGUUUUUGCGAAGGAUCAAAACUUUAUCCACUAUUCUUGAAUCACAAUCAUCAUGUCUUGAGGAAUGGGCUAAACUGUAUGAGGAUUACUCAACUUCUCUGUCAGGGACAACUGAUGCCUUGCGCAAUUGCUCUCUGAGACUUCCUGUUGGCGCGGAAGUUCAUGUUGAUAUAAGAGAGUUAGGAGAUGCUCUUAGUUCAUCUACAAAGGUGAUGGAAAUGAUCGGUUUGCAAAUUCAGAACUUUAUGCAAAAGGCAGAAGAAACAGAAAGUUUAAUUUCUGAACUAGCUAGGGUGAGUGGUGGAGAGAAAGCUCUUGUCGAGGAAUGUGGGGAUUUAUUAUUGAAGACAUAUAUCUCACAGGUGACAGAAUGGAGUUUAAGGGGACAGAUGAUUCAAAUGCAUCAGAACAACCUUUAUCAAGUUCAGGAAGAAUGAAGGUUCUAGUCACUGUUGUGAAAAACUAUUCCGGGAAUUCUUUAAGAGGGGUGUUUGUCAGCUAAUGGGCUUUCCUUUGGAAUCUUAAGAGACUUAUCAUUUGCAACGGCGGGAAUGUCAUGUGCAUAUUUGAGAAUAUCUACAAUAUCAAUUUUUUCCAUGAGUUUCGUUUUGUGUAACAGGUAAGAAUCUUUGUCAACAUUGUAAUAAAGUUGUGCCUUUGGGUCUACACCUCGCUGUAAAUUUGUUGCAACUCACGAGUUGGUUCUUCUCAAAUGAACAUAUACUCGAUGAUCCAUUGUUGUCUCCCUGCAAAUUUUGUCUACGAUGUUAGGUGAUAACUACUAACUAGCUAUAGCCUUUAUAGGUUAGAAAUGAUAUGAGCAGAACUGUUAGAAAUUUUUGAAAGAAAACUUUCAAACUAAAAAGAACACCAUACCUAUUCUGAAGGGCAAAGCUCCCACAUACUUUUUCUUUGUUCUCCAGUCCUAAAGGGGUCGAGAAUGGACAAGGAGGGGAGAGAUUUUCUAUGGCUAGGGAACAUAGAAGAAGAACAUAUAAUCUGGUGAAAUGAAAGAUCAGUGGAUUUCUAUGUCAACUUCAUGUUCAUAUGAAGUGGUCAUCUAGAAGUUCAUUAAGGAGUUGUGAAGUAUAUUCUAAGGGGUUGUUUGUGGUUGGCGGAAUAAUGCGAGAUUAUUUUAUUCCGCAUUUCUAGUCUCGGAAAUCAUUUUGUAUUAAAAUGGUGAUAUUAGCUAUUUCAUAUGUAAUCACCAUCUCUUCGUUUCACAUUCUACCUCCUUAUUCUUGUAAUUUAUGUAACAUUUGGGCCAUUC